CCCCCUGCGGCGCGACGUAGUGACGUCAUCAUUCCGCGCCGACGGGACGGUGCUGCGCGUCCGGGCCUGUGCAGCUUUCUGCCUCUGCCUUCCGGGCUGGUGGUGGUACGCUUCGUGGCGAGGGAACAUGGAUUCACAGAAGGAUGUUCAGCCUCCAAAGCAGCAGCCAAUGAUUUACAUUUGUGGAGAAUGUCAUACAGAAAAUGAAAUAAAGGCAAGAGAUCCAAUCAGAUGCCGAGAAUGCGGGUACAGAAUAAUGUACAAGAAAAGAACAAAAAGAUUGGUAGUUUUUGAUGCCCGGUGAUUUGACCUGAAGAUGUAUUAAUUUUAUACUUCAGUUUAGUAUUUCUGGCAACUUUGCUCUGUAAAUCCAUUGGUGUAUAAAUGCAUAACUUUGUGGUUUAAGAUAUUGAAAUAUUAAACUUUACUAUGAUAUUACUUGUCAUACUAUCAUAAUUCUGUCUAUACUACUUUCAGGAAACAGAUUUCUGGCUUAAAUUUUAGUCAGAAUGUGUAGCAGUCUGUUAAAUUCAUUGGUAUGGUAUUCAUUUUUGAGUUAAGAGUUAACCUUGUUUUCACAACUCUUGCCUAAACCAUGCUUGUGUUUCAACUUUCUUAAAUGUUCUUUCACCUCCUGUGACCUGCAUAAAAUAAUCUUGGUUUGAAUAAAUCGCAGUGAAAAUAUAUUGAAGGCUACAAGAAA